AUGGCGUCCGCAGGCCUCCAGAUCCUCGGCAUCUUCCUGGCGUCCAUCGGGUUCCUGGGCGACAUCAUCAUCUGCGCGCUGCCCAUGUGGAAGGUGUCCGCCUUCAUCGGCAACAACAUCGUGACGGCGCAGGUCUUCUGGGAGGGCCUGUGGAUGAACUGCGUGAAGCAGAGCACCGGCCAGAUGCAGUGCAAGGUGUACGACUCCAUGCUGGCGCUGCCCCGCGACCUGCAGGCGGCGCGCGCCCUGGUCGUCGUCUCCAUCCUGGUCGCCCUCAUGGGGAACCUGCUGGCCAUCGCGGGCGGCAAGUGCACCAACUGCAUCGACGACGAGAUGGCCAAGGGCAGGGUGGCCAUCGCCGCGGGCGUGUUCUUCAUCGUCGGCGGCGUCCUGUGCCUGAUCCCCGUGUCCUGGUCGGCCAACGAGGUCAUCCGCAACUUCUACAACCCCGUCAUGAUCGACGCGCAGCGGCGGGAGCUGGGCGCGUCGCUGUUCAUCGGCUGGGGCUCGGCGGGCCUCAUGCUCAUCGGCGGCGCGCUCCUCUGCUGCCAGUGCGCGCCGCGCAAGGACAGCAGGUACUCGGUCAAGUACUCGGCCCCGCGCUCCGCGGCCAGCGGAGGAGCCUACGUUUAAAAGAUCACUGCAGGAAACUGGACUGAACUCUUUUUUUUUUUAAAUGAUAACUUUAUUGUGUUUAACUGAUUUAUUUUAAUAAAACUUUUAAUGACUA